UGUUUGUUGAAGCCGCUGACCCAGAGUUACCCACGUAGGUGGUCAGUCUUGGAGGAAUACUAUUACGACGUUUUUCUGUUUUCUUAAAAGUAAUUCCUUUUGCGAGUAGUAAUAAUGACAAACCAGGAAGACAGAAAUCCUCAGUUUUAUAUCUGUAACUGUUUCAAAACUGAUAAUAUUUUCCUGGAGGACUACAAGCUGCAUGUCCGCUUCGAAUCCGAGCAGCAGUUCAGACUGGACUAUCAGGCACUGCUCAGCAGGCUUGGUUGCGUGACGGAGCAACAGUUUGAGGAUGUGCUCAACAAGAUUUCGCAGGAAGUGGACAGGCGAAGGCGUCUAGAUGUGACGUCUGCGGAGAGAGCUGCUGCUAUCAAAGAGGCGUACAAGCCUCUCCAUCCUCACGUCUACCAUCUGCAGGAGUCCUACCUGGCACCGAAGUUCAAGCAGAUUGUUGCGUACUGUCGAAGCAGGGACAGCAGUGAAGAAGGUCUCUCGGGCUUGUUGGAGGAAGAGGCAGCUGUGAGGGUGUAUCGCUUCCCUGUGUUUGAGAGAGGCUUCUGCGAGGAGCUGGUGGAGGAGCUGGAGCACUUUGAGCGCUCCUCAGCGCCUAAAGGAAGACCCAACACCAUGAACCAUUAUGGGAUCCUCCUGAAUGAACUGGGCUUUGACGAGGACUUCAUUACGCCCCUCCGUGAGCACUACCUGCAUCCGCUCACCUCCCUGCUCUACCCGGACUGUGGGGGGCGCUGUCUGGACAGCCACAAGGCCUUUGUUGUUAAAUAUGACAUGAAUGAAGACCUGGACCUGAGCUACCACUACGACAACUCAGAGGUCACCCUUAAUGUUUCCCUGGGCAAGGACUUCACCGAGGGCAACCUUUAUUUUGGUGAUAUGAGACAGGUGCCUUUAAGUGAGACUGAGUGCACAGAGGUUGAACACAGGGUGACUGAGGGCCUCCUCCACCGGGGCCAACACAUGCACGGGGCCCUGCCCAUUACCUCCGGCCAGCGCUGGAACCUCAUCAUCUGGAUGAGAGGCUCACAGGAACGCAACAAACUGUGCCCCAUGUGCAACAGGAGGCCGACACUGAUGGAAGGGGAGGGCUUCGCUGACGGGUUCACCAAACACUCCGAUGCACUGCUGAACGCCUCCUGUGUGCUGACGUGACGUGUCGCUCUGGUAUCAGCCUUUAAUAAAGACAUUGUGUGUAGGAUUUUAAAAUUUGCAACUUCGGUGUCCCCAGGUAGUGGUAUCAAAAAAUAAGACACCGUGGCAGGAAUGCUGCAGGAAUAAAUGAUUUUAACAUGACAUGGUUUAGGUUUGUCCUACAUGUUCUGUCAGGUGAUGAAUAGACAGAUGUGCUGCAAUGUGAUUGUUGUAGAAUUAAUCAAGACAGCGCUGGGUGACUGUAGAGAGCCAUUAAAUUGAAUUAAUUGUAAUGACACAUUUGACUGUAUUCCAAAUUGGAAUGAUGAAUAUUUAUUAUUUGUACUAUUAAUAAUAGUAAUGGCAUUAUGAUUGUGUUUCAGACAUUCUGUGUUGUGUCCCAUUUUGUGAUGUGUGUAUUUAUGACUUUACUGUCUCAAAUAUUAGUCAUUAAUAAUAUGAAACAACUCCCACUGGUCAAACCCCCUGUAUUUAUAUACAGUAUGAUUGUACUGUGUGUUGUGCCAAAGAUGAUUUAGAGAUCAAUUGUGUU